AUGGCAUCAGAAGCUCCACAUCCUUCCGGCGACGAAGUAGAAGACUUUAAAGAACAAGAUCGUUUUCUUCCAAUAGCCAACGUAGCACGUAUAAUGAAAAAAGCUUUACCAGAAAAUGCCAAAAUCGCUAAAGAGGCCAAAGAAUGCGUGCAAGAAUGCGUAUCAGACGAUCGUUGCCAACAAGAAAAACGUAAAACUAUCAAUGGAGAAGAUAUCCUUUGGGCAAUGCAGUCGCUUGGCUUUGAAAAUUAUGCUGAAGCUCUGAAAAUUUAUCUUCACAAAUACCGAGAGACAACAAAAAUUGAGCGAUCAUCAUCAAAUUCAAAAGAGAAAGACGAUGAAACUGGUGUAAUGUAUCAACAACCACCGCCACAAUCACAACAAUCGCACCCUGGGACUUUUUAUCAAGGCACAGAUGGUUACUAA